CAACUUGUCGGCGGCUCAACCGGUCAUAAUCCAUAGUCACAUAGGGGUAAUUAGGGUAACAAAUCUAAAAUAAUAAUAAUAAAAGUCUUAUGUUACAAAUAACAAAGCACAGUCUUGUCAUGGGCACAUACUGUAUGCAUUAAAGAUUUAGUGUCAUAUUAAUAAUAAUAAUCAUAUUUACCAUAUUAAAAAUAGUACUAGCAGACCUACAGUAUACUUUAAACCUAAACCUAUAUUCUUUGUCUAAGCAUAGACUGUUUAUGCUAAGGUUAAUUUUAUCUGUCAGCAGGUUUAAUGUAAUAAAACCUACUGUCAAAGCACACAUAAUCUGUGAGCAAAAUAAACUGAUUCUGAUUGAUGCUCGUAAAUCACAGAUAAAUUUCAACUGGUGAAUGUCCCAGAUACAAAUAGUGUCCCGUUUCAUUGUCCAACAUUCCAUUCUCAUAUGCUACAACUGAUUUCAACUGAUGGUCAGAUUAUUAAUUAUAGAGGAACAUAAAAACAACAAAUUCAGAAUUUUACAUCAUCUUGUAAGUACUGCACUUUAACUAACUUUUGUAGACCUUUCAUUAUGUACGUGUUAUUUAGACUAAGUUAUUGUUAAUAUGUAAUGCCUCAUUAUAGCCUUUUUAUUCUGGGUGCAUAACACACACUUUCCUUUAUGAUCAGCUGUGUUGUACACUUUGUAAUAAGCUUUUUAUACAGUACAGUAGAAAUAACUUAUACAUUAGAAUAUUUUGUAUUUAACUUAUUACUAUUUUAUUAUUCUUUUUCUAUAGUUAAUCAUGAAGCGUGAUUUAAAACGAGUAUUUACAUGGGCCUCAUGUUUAUCACUUUGUUGGUUACAUGGGGAAGACCCUUGAGUCUUUAUUACAUUAUGUUGGGACUCUUGGUUAUUACAUGGGCCGCAUGCUUGCCACUUUCUUUGCAAUAUUGCAUAGAAAAUCAAAUCAAUUUACUGGAACUGCUAAAAGAAAAGACUUCCAAUGUGAAAGUAAAUGUUUUUGUCCAUAAAAGACCCUUUUUAAUUAGAUAAACUCCCUCAACAGAAUGUUAUGAAGCUUUAAUUAUAUCAGUGUAGCUCUAUCUUGUUUAAAGUCAGACUGUGGAGGAAAACUGUUUUGAUAUGUUGGAGAACUGAUUUUUGUAAGACAGAAAAAAAAAGUUUGGAGAACUAUAAAUGAGAUAAGGAAGGUGAUAGAAAGAGCGGUAUGCCCCCUUAACCAAAUUUUUUAUUGAUAAAAAUCUACAGUAUAUCUCAUUCACCGUUCCCUAAUUCUUGGUCAAACUACUUUUUUUCUGUUGUAAUCCAUAUAAAAUGUAUAAUACUUUAGUGAAAAUUUGAUAGUCAAUUUUGGGACAAAAUCAAUAAAACACAUAUUUUCAGGCCAUAUUUCAACAAAAAUGUGAUACAGUACUAAACAAUUCCUCAAGCAUUGGAUUCUAAAUGCAUCAUCCCUUACCCGGACUAUGCAUUUAGCACACUUUUUAUAUUAAAAAUCAGUAUUCCGUGUUAUUUUGGCAACAUGUGGCAGACAAGAGAACUACUCUUUUGACUACAUGGAACAGCUUCGUAUUAACCAUGUGAAUUAAGCAUUGAACAAACUUACAAUUAAAAAAUUUGCAAAGUGCAUUGUUACCCAUAAUUAAAAUGACAAUAUUUCACACUUUAAAUAGCAAAAGUGAUGUUGCAUCUGAUUGAUAAUAAUUAAAAUAUUUUAUAAUAAAUAUUAUUUUUUAUUUCAAAAUUUGUAUACUCAUAUCUAUUACCGGUACUAUUUUGUAUGUUAUGGUUACUCAUUACCUGAUGAAGUUAUUCUUUCAAUGAUUAAUUAAUUAAUUAAUUAUUAAACAAUAAUAAUGCAAAUGUUUCUUCGUUCAGAGUAAAAAUGAUAUAUAUGCUACAUUUUUUUCAUAACCUCUUUAUAAUGGUCAAACAUGGCAAAAAUGUACACAUUGCUUUAUUGUCUUUAUGCAGCAAAUGAUGUACAUGGUUCCGUAUGGUGUCGAACAUAGUUCAAUGCACAUACAACCUGUCACGGGUAAUGCUAAAUUCUACAUUUCACUUGACUAUCAAAACAUUGGUUUACUUUCGUCAAUUCCAGGAUUACAAUAGGCUGGCUUUAAGCAGCUGAAAUUUUACAACAUUUUUAGCAAUUGUUGGAACGGACGUUUUUUAUGUAUACUCUAAGCGAGUCCCUCAACAAUUAUACUAUAGGUCUUUAUCCAUCAGAAAGACUAUUGUAUUAAAAUUGUACAUACUGUUUUAGAGUUGUGUUUUAACAUUAGUUUUGAAUUUGUAUUCUGUUUGCAUAGUAUACCAAGGUUGUAUUAUAGCAAUUACAUUUAAACUCUUAUAAAUAUAUAUUAAAGGUGCCAUUAUAGAAUAUUGUUAGAAUUUUUUAUUGUUCAAAUUUGCAAUUAGUUUAUUUGAAUUAUUUUGACUGCCAAUUUACAAUGCCUCGGCGAUCAAAAAAAGCAUAUGUCAAAUUAACAUUGAAUAAAAAGAAAUCGCAAGUAAUGGAAGAUAGGAAAUCUGGAAAUCAAAUUGGUAAUGGAGAUGCUAUAUGUAAAAUAGUCAAUAAACAAAAAAGUGUACAAAAGAUUGUAAAUGAUAUUAAAAUCAAAUAUGAUAAGCGUAUUUUUCCACAUUUUCAUCAGGGAGAUUCGCAAUUCAGUGAACAAUCAAGGGGUUUUCAGUGCUCAUGUAAUGCAUUAACAAUGCUAUGUUGUGCCCCAGAUAUUCAAAUGACCAUGACAUCAAAUGACUUAGAUCUGAUUUUACGGCAUGGUGAUCAACUUUACAAAGAUACCUGCCAUGAUCUUAAUGAGGCUGGUUGUUUCGUAAAUGAAUAUCUGAAUACUGAAGAAUUGCCGACAAAUCGUACUAUAGGUAAUACAUCGUACACAGUUCGUUAUGAGUCUGAACGAUAUGGAAGUUUAGAUAGUAAUCCCAAUAGUGUAUUUGAAACGCUUGACAUAGAAUUACAAGCGGCAUUUACUGUGUCUAACACAAACAUAUUAAUACUUCCACCAUACAUGAUGGCUAUUUAUUAUUACGAAGCAACAGACCAAUACAUAUUUUUUGAUUCUCAUUGUCGAGAUGAGUUCGGUUUUCCUACAUCAGAAGGAGCAGCUGUUACGUUAUAUUUUGAAAAAAUUCAAAGACUUUUUCUGUACUUAUCAGUAUUGGCUGAAAAGUUACAUUUACGAGAUAGACGAUUUCUUAUUCACCCACUCUCCAUAAAUGCCAACCUACGUGAUACGAAUGAAGAUAACGUUGCAAUAGAUGUAGAAAAUGAACCAGGAUGUUCGACAUGGCCAAAUGAUACAUAUUUCCAUACUACAUGUAACAAAAAUGAGAUCGCAUUAGAUUUUAAGGCGAAUGUAAGUAGAUCUAAACAGUGUCGGACAAUAAGCAGUCGACUUUCAAGAUAUCAAAAGUGGUUUCAGAAUUUAUCAAGAGAGCAAAAGGAAAAACUACGUUUCAUGAAAACAAAACAAUGGAGAAAGAAUUAUGAAAUUCCUCAAAACGCUAAGAGAAAACGGCAACAGGCGCGAAAGCAAUCAAAGGCUUCAUAUGAAAUUCCUGCAAACGCUAAGAGAAAACGGGAACAGGCGCGAAAGCAAUCAAAGGCUUCAUAUGAAAUUCCUGAAAACACUAAAAGAAAACGGCAACAGGCGCGAAAGCAAUCAAAGGCUUCAUAUGAAAUUCCUGAAAACGCUAAGAGAAAAAGGCAGCAGGCGCGAAGGCAAUCAAAAGGCUUCAUAUGAAAUUCCUGAAAACGCUAAGAGAAAAAGGCAGCAGGCGCGAAAGCAAUCAAAGGCUUCAUAUGAAAUUCCUGAAAACGCUAAGAGAAAACGGCAGCAGGUGCGAAAGCAAUCAAAGGCUUCAUACCAAAUUCCUGAAAACAGUGAAAGGAAACGACAGAAAGUUCUAUCAAAUAGAUAUAAAAAAGGGUCUGAUAUAGAGAUUGUCAUAGAAAAUUUCAAGAAAACGUGUAACAAAAACCAAUUGACAUACGUUUGUAAAAUCUGUAACAGAGUAUUCUUCAAACAAGUUACAUCAUUUGAUAGAGACAGAUAUCACUCCAUUCUGUUAAGUGUAUACCAGCAAACACAACUGUAGAGGACUUACCUUCAUUAGAUGAUAAGAAUAAAAACCUGUGGAUCUGUAAGACUUGUCACAUUAAUAUGUCAUCCCAUAAGCCUACUGUGCCAACAUUAUGAACUACUAAUAAACUAGGACUGAAAGACCAAUCGCUUGAAUUAUCUCAGUUGAAUAUAUAGGAAAACAUCACAUUUCUCCAGCCAUACUCUUCAUGAAAAUGAUUUCACUAAUCAAAGGCGCUCAAUAGGGUAUAAAUGGACAAGUUGUAUGCGUGAAAUCUAAUGUUAAUAGCACUGCUCAAUGCCUACCAAGACU